AUGAACGGCUCUCGAAGCAAACCAGCGCCGACACUUAACAAUGCCCAAGGGGACGUAGAUCCAGACAGAAAGACGGUCGGGGGAAUGUUGAAGAAGCUCAAAUCGAAGCGGAGUCAGUCGGAGAAGUGGCCUGUGGUCACUGAAGAUGAGCUCAAGGCGCUGGGCAAAGACAUUUCUGCAGACAAAGUGCUCGGUCUCCGAGAUGUUACUGAGGAUUACUUGUGUAAACCUGAAGACAACAUUUACAAUAUUGACUUCACUCGAUUCAAAAUUCGGGACUUGGAAACGGGAACAGUUCUUUUUGAAAUUGCUAAACCACCUUCCAGUGGUGAGGAAGAGGGUGCAGACAUAGACCUGAGUGCUGGACGUUUUGUGCGAUAUCAGUUCACUCCUGCUUUUCUAAAACUGCGCACAGUUGGUGCUACUGUUGAGUUUACCGUUGGCAAUCGACCAAUUAACAACUUUCGAAUGAUUGAGAGACAUUAUUUUCAGGGGCGUCUUCUCAAAAACUUUGACUUUGACUUUGGCUUUUGCAUUCCCAAUAGCCGCAAUACAUGUGAACAUAUUUAUGAGUUUCCACAGCUUCCAGAAGACUUGAUUCGCCAAAUGGUGGAGCAUCCAUAUGAGACCAGAUCAGACAGUUUCUACUUUGUGGACAACAAACUCAUCAUGCACAAUAAGGCCGAUUACGCCUACAAUGGUGGUCUGUAA